AUGACGAUGCUAGCCCCGGCGCCGUUUCAAGUGCUAGCGCCGGAGGACAAGCGGAAGAGUAAAGAGGCCGGAGGUGACCUCCACCCUAAAGGCAUGUUGGAUGCCGCGUCCGGGGAGACCGAAACUCCCUCCUCUGAAGAUGAAGGCGAAGCUACAGAGGCCGCAGAGUUGAAGCAGAAACUUGAUGUGGCGGAUGAUGACAUCACGCUCAUUAACAGGCGGCUCGACGAGGCACAAGAUAGUGCCGCCGCAUUUGAGAACCUUUGGGCUGAGCUUGCCCGGGCCAAGGAGCAAGCCAGGGUGAGUAAUGCAGCUGCCGAAAAGGCAGCUGCUGAAUUAAAGGCCGAAGAGGCUGCUCGGCGCCAGUGCGAGGAGAGAAUAUCUACUAUGGCGCUUGAGCUGAAGGAUGCCAUUAGCCGGUGCGAGUUGCUCGAGAAAGAUAGCGAAACGAGAGCGGCCGACCUUGGCAAGGCCUUACGAGAGGUGAGGGAAGCACGGUCCGAGUCUAGAGCGGCUCGGGAGGAGAUCUGGCAAGCUGGGGAAAUUGUGGCCGAGUUCUUACAGCGUCAUAUUCACUCCCCUGAAGCCAGCUCUUGUCUGACCAGCAAAAGGAAGCCAUUCACAGUUCUGAAGCCAUUCAGUCUGAAUAUAAUGGCAACUGAGAAAUCUACAAGAAAAGGUGGCAGGCAGCACCGUGGAAAUACUGCUAAUGAUUUACCUCCUGAUCUGUAUGAACUGUACAAAUUCGUCAUUGCAGAGUAUGCUGAAAAGAACGCCAUCAAGCGCCCAUGGGGAUAUAUUCCGUACAGGAAUCUGCAGCCCAAAUCCAAGUCUGAAGUCAUUGCUCAAGGCUUCUACCCAUGCAUGGUCCGAGGACCGAAGCCAGAGAAUGUCGACCCAUCAUCUAUGCCGGAUGGCACACGCGAUGCUAAUCCAAAUGUCAUCGGCCCCUUCAACAACUUCGAUGGGCUCCUCUCCCAUAUUGCUGCUCAGCGGGCCACUGUGGAUCAAUCCGCUGAUGACGCUGACUCUGAAGAAGCGACAACACCACCAAAGCCGCAGAAGAAGAAGAAGAAGAAGAAGACAAAGGCUUCAAAGCCCUCUACCGCACUAAAAGCUUCGACCGUGAAGCCCUUGGCCAGUGCACCUCCUGAACCUAGUGUGCAGUCUGAAGAUUUGUCUCGUGUCUCCAAGAAGGCCGAGAAGACAAUGAAAGCCAAGAAGCCCAAGAAGAUUUCUGGGCAUGAACUGACUCCUGCUGCCGUUCUGCGCAAUGAAGAUGACACCAUUGAUCUGUCCAGCGAUGAAGAUCUUGGUGAUGAUGCCCUUGAGAUGCUGAUUAAGAGCAACAUCACAUUCCACGGAGCCAUUGCUAAUGAGUUGGCCUUGGCUCAGAAGAUAGUUGAGCUCAAGAACAAAAUAGAUUAUGAGAAGGCUCACUUCAAGAAGAACAUGGCCAAGCUCAGUGUGGCAGAUGUUCAAAUCUUCAAGAAGAUGAUGCAUGACCUUAAGGAAGAGUUUCACAAGAAGCGUGAUGAAGCUAAAGGCUCAAGAGAGUGCAUGAAGUACUUCGCUCAGAAAUGUGUUCAAGCCCACAACGAAGCUGAAAAGCGAAAGGCUCUUGGGCGUCCUGGCAUCGACCCCAAGAUGGCUGCCAAACAAAAGAAGAAGUCUGUCACUUCAGCAGCUUCUGAGCUAAAGAAGACAAGGGCAGCUAAAGCCGAAGCCAAGAAGCGCAAGCACAAGGAUGCUUCUGAUGAGGCCCCAGCCAAGAAGAAACUGAAGACUAAGUCUUCAAUGUAA